GAAAAAUCUGCCUCCUAUAAGAACAUGAUCGCUGGGGCCGCAUGUGUGAGAAACUCCAGUGUUCCUAAAGUUACAGUGGAAUAUGUCACACAGGUUUACAAUGCUCGGCAUCUGCUUGUGUUUGAGUGUUGUUGUCCACCUAGCAGUGUCUCAGGAUGGAGAGGAGCCAAUCACAUACACGUGCACUGAAGGUUAUGAAUUUGACAUUGAGAAACAAAGCUGCAAAGACAUAGAUGAGUGCAAGACAGUUCAAGGAGCUUGCAAAGGGGGCAUGAAAUGCAUUAACCAUUUUGGUGGAUACCUCUGCCUACCCCACAAUGCUAAGAUAAUCGUCAGUAAUGGCGAGGAUGAGCCCACUACUGCCCCACCAGUGGAACCAGGCGCUGGAGGAGGUGCUGGAGAGGGCCCUCCUCUUGUACCUGCCAUCUCCAGAGGCGAUUACUCAAGAGUUUAUCAAAGUGCAUCACAUACAAUCCAGUGUGGUGUUGGUUUUAUGCCAGACUCUCUGAACUACUGCAGAGAUGUGAAUGAAUGCGCCACCACAAAUCCCUGCCAGCAUCAGUGCUACAAUCUGAUUGGCUCUUUCAUCUGCCAGUGUGAAGUUGGAUUUGAAUUGGCUUCAGAUUCUGUCUCCUGCCAAGAUAUUGACGAGUGUGAAUUCUCUAACUACAUGUGCCAGUUCCAAUGUGUGAAUCAGCCUGGCGGAUACCACUGUGUGUGCCCUGAGGGAUACCAGCUCCAAGGGACGCGGAUGUGCCAAGAUAUUAAUGAGUGUGAAACGGCACACAACUGCAGAGAUGAUGAAAUGUGUUGGAAUUACUAUGGAGGAUUCCGUUGCUAUCCCAGAAACCCCUGCCGUGAGCCAUACGUGAAAACAGGCGAAGGUCGCUGUAGGUGCCAGUCGCCUAAUGUUUGCCGAGGACUGCCACCUGUCAUUGUCUACAAGUACAUGAGCAUCUUUUCUGAUCGCUCAGUGCCUGCGGAUAUCUUCCAGAUUCAAGCUACUAGUGUCUACCCUAACAUGGUAAACACUUUCACGAUCAAAUCCGGCAACGAGGGAGGAGAAUUCUACCUGAGGCGUUCCAGUAAUGUAAGUGCCAUGCUGGUAAUGACCAAACCUUUGACUGGACCAAGAGAACAUAUUGUGGAUUUGGAGAUGGUCACGCAGAGCAAUGGUUUGAAUUACCGUUCAAGUUCACUGCUGAGACUCACUAUUAUUGUGGGUCCAUAUCCUUUCUAAACCAUCUAGAUUAGCUAAAUCAGCUCCUUGGUUUUAUCUUUGUACUACAGCUUACUAUAUUUAAAGUGUUCAGCACAGCAUGGUCACCUGAUUGUGAUCUAGAUUAGUGGUUCUCAGCUGAUGGGUCGCAACCCAAGAAUUGAUUGCAGGUCUCUGGAGGAUAAAACGCUUCCCAUAUCCUUUGAUGCUGACGAUUAAAGUCCGUGCAUGUCUGACUUGAUUGAAGCUAGCCAAAUUAGGCAGAUGACAACAUGGAUAGGUUGUGUGAUAUGCCCUCAUCCUCAAAAACCAUGAACAAAACUAGGCAAGAUUAAAGAAGAUACAACCCAGUCUGCAUUAAAAAUGGGUUCAUUUGAAAGUUGCAAAUAGGUUAAACAUGAUCCGUGUCGACCACAGUGAUGUUUGUGCAGCUGCAGAGAGCAUGAAACCAUCAAAAUUCAAGGGACAUUUCGAAACCUCAUAAUAAACUUAUUUGUACUAAUAAUUUGUACAGUUAAUUUUGUACAAAACUUUGGGACUGUGUUAGAUUGCCACUGGAUGUUCUUUAGUAAAACCGGUUGAGAACCACUGGUCUAGAUAGUCUAGAAAGUUGCAUAUUCAUUCCGUUUCUAAAAUGAUUUGGUUUACCAAACAUAAAAAGUGGGUUGUCUGAUCCACUGAAGUUUUCCAAUAAUUUGUACUAUUGAAAAUGGAAGACAAGGAUUCUUUGUCUUAGUAGUAAGAGGUUUGCAAGAUCCUGCUGCAUGGACACUUGUCAGUUUUUUUUAAAGGGAUAGUUCACCCGAAAAUGAGUUCUGUCAUUAUUUACUUACCUUCAUGUUGUUAGAAACCACUUGACUUUCUUACUUCCAUAGAACACAAAAGAAGAAGUUUAGCAGAAUAUUCACGCUUCUCUUUUCAUAUAAUUAAAGUGAAAGGACGGGAGCUAUCUAGGGCUAUGCAAUAAAAAAUCAUAAUGCAAUUUUUUUGAACGAUAUUACAUUUUCGGCUAAUGUUUUCUUCACUUGCAGUAGUGAUAAGCAUCAGUUAUUUAUUUAUACCUUUUUGUUUUUCUUCAUUCUUUAUUCACCUUCCCGAUUUCUAUGCUGUUCUCUUACCGGUACCUUUUUUGCGCACUCCACUCUGAUAAGAGAGAUCUCGUCAGAUGUGCAGCAAUCAGAAUGGCGAAUUAAACUACAGAAUUCUGAGUAAAAAUUAUAAUAAACAUAAUGAUAGUAAUUUUUGUAAUAACAUAAUGAUUGCAAUUACUUGUGCAGCUCUAGUGCUGUCCAGUUCCAAAAAUAAGAAAAAAAACCAUAAAUGUAUAAUAAAAGUAUUCCAUACGACUAGUGAGAUUUGAGAGCUGCGGUUGAGGGUAAGAUUUUCAGUGAAUAACACCUUAAAUGUUAUUUUGGAAGGCUUCAGAAGACAUUUGUGACACUUUUAUGGUGCUAUUUUGUCAUUUUCUGAGCUUGUAAGCCGCAUUCACUCUCAAUGUACAGUGUCAACAUUCUGCUCCUCCUUUUGUUUUCCACCGAAGAAAGAAAGUCAUGCAGGCUUGGAACAACAUGAAGGUGAGUCAAUGAUGACGGAAUGUUGAUAUUUGUUGAACUAACCCUUUAAAUCUGUUGAUCCAUCAAAGCUUAACAUUUCUCAUUCAUGGAACCAUGUAAAUAACAGAAUGUAGCUAUCAAAAAAGUAUUCAUAGAUUCAUUACUAGGACUCCCUUUACUUCUUAGCAGGGGGAACAUUGUUUUAUAGGUAGAACAUGUGGAUAAAGCAAACAGAGCUCUGCAGAGUCUUAGGUGGAACAGUUUGUGUCGUAAUCGAAUGGCAUCUUCAGCUAAUGGAAAUAUCUGAAUGUGUCCUCCGCCUCGCAAAUACUGCAGAAAUGACCUCCUUUCCUAUGAGAAUAAGGCAAUAAUGUUUUGGAAACAGAAGCGAUGUUUUCAGGAAAUUGCUGGCAAGGGUUUUGUGUCGCAUAAGCAAUGGAACUGUUGCCUAACAUGGCUGUAUGGUUGCCAGAGCACCGUUUGAUCUUGUGCAGUGUUUCUCGCCAAUGAUCUGUGACAAACACUGUUACUUAAACCAUUGCGUCAUGCCCUGUACCCCAAGAGAUAUGCUCUUGGGAGGGGCCCAAAUGGUUUGAGCACCACCACGUUGUAUGAAAUUAUUUUGGCAAGUGAUCUUAACGUUGGCUGCAUCAAGAUUUAAGUAUUUCAAUGCAUAUGGGUGAUUACAACACAAAUAUAUAUAUGUUGUCAUUUUAUAUUUUCUUAUGAUUGAUUCACUGAAUUUGAUUCACACAUGGUGAAUCCUCAAUCUUUUUUCUCUUAUUGAGAUCAUAUUUGCUUAUACUGGUUGUUUCUGCUCAGCAAGGUUAAGAUAUGUAUGAGACAUGUCAGUUGAUCAUAUUUUUACCUUCGAUUAGAAAUAUUCUGUAUUUUCAGACUGCUCUUAAGUUGCACUUUUUUUUUUCACUCAUGCCAUUUAUUCUGCUGUAAAAUAUUUGGAAAUAAAAGGAUUUCAAUAA